AUGCUAUUCUUCAAAGUUGUCAUUGCUGCUGUUCUAGCUGCCACAAUCCCCGCCAGCCUUGUUCAAGUUGGCCAACCUGUCACUCGUGACGUCCUACAACGACGAUUUGUAGAGUUCACUCCCAUCAUCGAAAAGCGAUUCCUCCUAAAAACUUGUGACUCCGAUCCUGGACCUCAUCCAAAUAAUCCCCCACCUCAUAAGGCCCCAUCUGAUGAGCCCCCAACCUGCAACCCAUGUGAAGGAGGAGGUGGUUGUUGUUGA